AUGGAAAAAGACGACAUGGUGCAAGAGCGCGGCAACGAGGUUGAUACCAAAACACCCGACCUGCCAAGCCAGCAUGGAGACACGCGCCAGGAAGGGUACUCUCAGUUCACUGUGGCCCAGAAGCGGGCUAUUGUUGCCAUGGGAUCCUUGGCUAGUUUCUUCUCACCCUUGUCUUCGAGCAUUUAUCUGCCCGCCUUGACCUCCAUUGCGAAUUCCUUGCAUAUCUCCAUCUCCCAGGUGAACUUGACGGUCACUACUUAUCUGAUUAUGCAGGGGGUGGCACCCAUGCUGAUCGCAGGCUUCUCGGAUACCGCAGGCCGCCGUCCCGCUUACAUCAUUUGCUUCACAAUUUACCUUGCAGCCAACCUGGGACUUGGUCUCCAAAACAGCUAUGCUGCCCUCCUGGUCCUCAGAUGUCUCCAGAGUGCAGGUAGCAGUGGCACUGUGGCCCUGGCAAACGGGUUGGUCGGAGACAUGAUCACGUCCGCGGAACGAGGCUCAUACAUCGCCUUCGCCUCAGUCGGGAGCAUGUUAGGUCCGUCUUUGUCACCAAUCAUUGGCGGCCUUAUCAGUCAGUACACCGAUUGGCAAUGGAUCUUCUGGUUUCUGCUCAUCUUCGGUGGCGUGUUCUUCCUCAUCCUAGGUCUAUUCCUGCCGGAGACUUGUCGCAAAGUCGUCGGAGACGGGUCCAUCCCACCGCCUCCUUUGAAUAACUCUGUGGCGGAUAUUAUCCGGCAUCGCACGCGCAAGCGGAAAGGUCUCGUGCCUGACCCAGACAAGGAAGCUGAGAUACGGAAGAACUACUCCCUCCGGUUCCCGUCGCCGGUCCCGACUAUGAAGGUUGUCCUGGAUAUCGAGACGUCGGUCAUCCUACUCACCACAGGCCUGCUGUUUGCUGGUUUCUAUGCUGUCAUGACUGGUGCAUCGACCUCCUUCCAUAAGAUCUACCGGUUCAACGACCUCCAUGCUGCCCUGAUGUACCUCCCCAUCGGCGGAGGAGGGGUUCUCUCGGCCUUCACGACUGGCCGGCUGGUCGACUGGAACUACCGUCGCCAUGCGAAACGUGCCGGUCUCACUGUGGUCAAGAAUGUGCGUGCGGAUAUCCGGAACUUCAACAUUGAGCGUGCGAGACUUGAAGUCGCCCUUCCACUCUACUACAUCAGUAACUUGGCGAUGCUGACCUACGGCUGGGUGUUGGGUCACAAGGUCAACCUUGCUGCUCCUAUAAUUCUUUUGUUCAUUAUCGGAUGGUCGAUUAUCGGUACGUCGCAGGUCCUCAACGCCUUGAUGGUGGAUCUCUGGCCGGGGAAGUCCGCGGCUGCGACUGCUGCAAACAAUCUGUUCCGGUGUGAGCUUGGUGCCGCGGCGUCAGCAGCGAUCAGCCCUAUGAGAUCUGCGAUGGGCGAGGGCUGGGCAUACACAACACUUGCUUUGAUCCCGAUUGCUGUUUCUCCUUGCUUGUGGAUCGUGGCGAUUAAUGGGAUCAAAUGGCGACAGAAAAGAAAUCGGAAGGACGAGGAGAAGUCGUCAUGUGAACAGGACUAA